AUGGCUCGAACCUUCAUCUUGUGGCUUCACGGGUUAGGCGACUCUGGACCUGCAAAUGAACACAUCAAGAUGGUUUUCAAAUCCCCUGAGCUAAGUAACACUAGGUGGCUCUUCCCUUCUGCUCCACCCAAUCCAGUUACCUGCAACAACGGUUGGGUGAUGCCUUCUUGGUUUGACGUCCCUGAACUUCCUUUUAGAGCGGGCUCUCCAAUUGAUGAAAGCAGCGUGCUUCAAGCAGUCAAAAAUGUGCAUGCCAUUAUAGACCAAGAGAUUUCACAAGGAACAAAUCCAGAAAACGUGUUUAUCUGUGGAUUAAGCCAAGGAGGUGCACUAACCUUGGCAAGUGUUCUUCUUUACCCAAAAACUCUUGGAGGAGGUGCAGUCCUUAGCGGAUGGGUUCCAUUCAGUUCUUCAGUCAUCAGUCAGUUUCCUGAAGAAGCUAAGAAGACACCAAUCUUGUGGUCUCAUGGCACUGAUGACAAGCUUGUGCUCUUUGAAGCUGGUCAAGCUGCUCUUCCUUUGCUUCAACUAGCUGGUGUUACUUGUGAAUUCAAGGCAUAUCCGGGUCUUGGACACUCGAUUUGCAAUAAGGAGCUACUGUAUAUAGAGUCAUGGAUCAAGCGGAGGUUGAAGAAGAGUCCGUCGUCGACUUGUCUUCAUCUUAGUUGUCUUAAAAAAAUCUUCCACUCAAGUUAA